AUGUCUAUUACUGGGACUCGUUUGACGGUUUUCUGGGUGGACGAAAUCAAAAAAGGUGGUGUAUCUCAACAUGCCGAUGAUUUAGUGAUGAUCGAACGACCUGAAACUAAAGAAGGGGAGGUCCAAGUCAAGGUGUUAGCAUUUGGAUUAAACAGAAUGGAUAUCCUUCAACGUCAAGGAUUAUAUCCACUUCCACCCGAAUAUCCAAAAAGUUUGGGUGUAGAGUUCUCAGGAAUUAUAGAAAAGAGUAAUAGUCAAGAUUGGAAACAUGGAGAACAUGUCUUUGGAUUAGCAUAUGGGGGUGCUUACGCUGAGUAUAUUUCAGUUGAUGCUCGAAUGAUUGUCAAAAAACCUGAAUCUUUGUCUUGGGAAGAAGCAGCUUCAAUUCCUGAGAACUGGUUGACUUCUUAUCAAGCUCUUAUUUGGAUUGGACAAUUGAAAAAAGGAUCAAAGGUUUUGAUCCAUGGAGGUGCGAGUGGAAUUGGAAUUGCUGCCAUUCAACUGGCCAAGAGCAUUGGCGUAGCCGAGAUCUUUACUACAGCUGGAACUGAAGAGAAAGUCAAUUUUUUAAUGUCACUGGGGGCAACUCAAGCCAUGAAUUAUAAAGAAGUAGACUUUUCUCGUGAAAUUGAUUCAGUAACUAAAGGUUCAGGAGUCGAUUUUAUAUUAGAUUUAGUUGGUCAAUCUUAUUGGAAUUCGAAUAUUAAAUCAUUAUCCAAAGAUGGAAAAUUAGUUUUACUUGGACUUUUAUCUGGUGGAAAAAUUCAAACGCCUGUAGAACUUGGACCAAUCCUUUUUAAACGUUUAAAAAUUGAAGGUACCACUUUGAGAUCGAGAAGUAUUGAUUACCAAUGUCAAGAAGACCCUCAAAGUGGUUAUCCACAAGGUAUUUAG